GGCCUCGCAGAUACAACGCUGGGGAAGGUGAUGACUUGGAGCUAUUUGAUAUCGAUUGCGCACGCGGCAGUAAACUUGAUAGCAAGAGCACCGCAGGAGGACGCAAUGUUGAGGAGGGAGUUUGGGAAGGAGUGGGAGGAGUAUGCGAGAAGGGUUCCCUACAGGCUCAGAGUCCCAGGUGUUUACUAG